AUGCACCUCCUCCUCAUUGAACGCGUUCAUGAUCGCAAUGAUGCCUAUCUCAUCAGAUUGCCCAGCGUGCGCGAGCUCUGCAGUACCAAACUCUUCCUGUAUGAGUCUAGAAAGCUCAUUCAAAGAUACAGAAACCUGGCCAAUGAUCCCAAUCUUCCUCUCUGGGUCUCCUUUGUAUCCCUGCACGCAGAGGCAGUCUGCAAUGUUCAUGCCCAGCCGCCCCGCCAGCGCCGUAUUCCAUCCCACAAUCUGGAUUCUAGUAGCCUCAUGAACGUCGUCAACGCGCUGACUAAGUGGACAACUUCCCGCGGCUUCUCUAUCUUUCGGUCAACAUCCGUUAUAGCGUCGAGUCACACCUCAUCUAGAGUUCCUCUACUCAAUCUCCACACACUCCGUCGUUAUACAGUCGCAAUCAUGGGUGCUACCACGGCACCUGCCAUAGUUGGCGCUCUGCAAUGCCAAAAGAAUUCUUAUCUUCAAACCCUCGAAACUGAAGUUGUUUCCUGCGAAGAAUUUGUGCCGCCAAAACCAGUACAACAGGCGGGAAAAUCAAAGUCGAAAAAGUCGACCGACCCAACAAAAGGCAUCGAGAAUGGAGAUGCGACCGGCAGCAAAACAUAUCUUAUCGAGCUUGCCGAUUCUGUUCUGUUCCCCGAGGGUGGCGGCCAACAUACAGACCACGGCGUUCUGACCACAUUGAAACAUGAUGAAAGCAAGGAAGAAAUACCAAUACGAAGUAUCCAACGUCAUGGCCUGCGUUGUAUACAUUUCUCGCCUACACCGCUUCCACCUGGAAUGCCGGUUCGCCAAACUGUCGAUUUUGCUAGGCGCUGGGAUCUCAUGCAGCAACAUACUGGACAGCACCUUCUAUCCGCUAUCAUGGACGGCAUGGACCUACCAACACUUGGGUGGAGCAUGGGUCAACCCGGAGAAAUGAACUACGUUGAGCUACCACGAAAACCGACAGACGAUGAGAUUCAGAAGAUACAAAAGGACUGUAAUGCGAAGAUUGGAGAAAGCAUGCCAAUUACGGUUGAAACACCAGAGGGAAAAGGGAGUGAUAGCUUACCUGAUGACUAUGACAAAGAAAAAGGCGUUGUGCGAUUCAUCAAGAUCGGGGACAUGGACUAUAAUGCUUGCUGUGGGACCCAUCUCCAGAAUUCAGCGCACAUUAGCGUGAUCCUUCUCCAUCACACUCAAUCCGUGCGAGGAACAAACUGCCGACUCUUUUUCACGGCUGGCGAUCGCGCUAUCAGGAUGGCUACGGAGGCCAUCAACGGUCUUCGUACGAUAGCUGUCUCGUUAUCUUCCAGCUCUGCGCCCACGGAUGUAGCAGCUGGCGUGCAAAGAAUGAGUGACCAAGUUUCGGAAUCGAGAAAGAAAGAAAAGAAACUGCUUGCAGAAAUUGCAAGCUUCGAAGGCGAACGUAUAAAGACGCAGUUGCAGAGCCAAGAGGUGGCAUUCUCCCACCGCACAACCGACGGAUUGGACUUCAUCAACAUGGUAUUCUUCGAAGUCAAAGAUACAGUCAAGGAGCGGGACGGUGUCGUGGUAUUGUGCUCCGGUGAAGUCAAGACAUCUGGAUCCGUUCUCGUAUUUGGGAUGCCAGAGUUAGUUGAGAAGAUGACUGCCAAGGUCAAGGAAGUUGUGAGUACAGCAAAGGGCGGCGGUAAGGGAGAGAAGUGGCAAGGCAAGGUUACUGAGUGGCAGAAAGGCGAGAUAGAGGCGUUGAGGGAUGUUGUAAACACACGCUAGGUGUUAUAGUAGAAUAUAUGAUGGAUAGAUAUAUACACAAAUAAAUAUAGACAA